AUGACCAUCAUCGAUGCCACAAAGCCCAGCGGGUUGCCGGUCCCAGACCCCUGUCUCUCCUUCUGGCAGCAAACAACCCGCUCCUUUCCGCAUCUCAACGCGAACAAGGACGCCGAGGUGCCGGCAAGCAGCGAGUAUGCAAUUAUCGGUUCAGGCAUCUCGGGAGCCCUAACUGCCUUUGAGCUGAUUCGGUCAGGGGUAGAGGGGAGCAGCAUCUCCAUCUUCGAAGCUCGAGAGGCUGCAAGUGGCGCAAGUUCCCGGAACGCGGGGCAUGUCCGACCGGACGCCUUCCGUGGCUUCCAGGUCUACCGGAAGAUUCAUGGGACCGAGCAGGCUCUCAAGAUCAUCGCCAACGAGAGGUCUGUCUUCCAUCAGAUCGACGAGUUCGUGAAGCAGCACAGUGUGCCCUGCGACUUCAACCCGGCGACGACAUUCGACGUCUGUCUCACUCGGGACUUUGCCGAUUUCAACGCUCGGAGCUUCCAGGAGUUCAAGGAUGCCGGAGGGGAUGUGUCGCACAUCAAGAUAUACGAGGGCGACGAGGCUAGGUGGAUCACGGGCAUCGACCAGGCUGUGGCGGCGUACCAAUGGCCGGCAGGAUCAAGCCAUCCGGCAAAGCUGGCUCAGUGGCUCCUUCACCAGUCCAUCUCGGCCGGAGCGAGACUCUACACCCAUUGUCCAGUGAAUGAGGUGAUAAAGUCAUCCCUCUCGUCGGAUGUGCAGGUUCUUUGGGACUUACGGACUCCGCGAGGCAGUACAGCCGCGCAGAACGUGGUCCACUGCACCAAUGCCUUCGCCGCCCACCUCCUUCCCCGGCUUGCUUCUUUCGUCACCCCAAAUCGCGCCCAGGCACACGCGAUUGUGCCACCUCCAAGCCUGUCAGGCGACAAUCUCCUACCAAGCACAUUCUCACUCCGGCACAGCCUGAAGCACUUCAACUCGGUAAUGCAGCGCAGGGCCGAUGGCAUCAUCAUCCUGGGCACGUCGCGAGAAAAUCCCAAUAUCAGCAAGGAGGCGUCUGAGAGCCGGCUGAGUACCGACGACCGCGUCGGGUUCAACGCCGAAGUAAGGCGGGAGGCAAUGCGGAGCUUCGAAUCGUGUUUCCCCGUCUGCGAGCCAGGGAGGCUGAGGCAUGGCGAGGGGCUGCUGCAUACGUGGACGGGGAUCAUCGGAAUGACAACGGACUCGGUGCCCUUCGUCGGGAAGCUGGAAAGCUUGCCGGGCCAGUAUAUCUGUGCCGGGUUCAACGGCCACGGCAUGGCGCGUAUCUUCAACUGUGCUCCUGGUCUGGUUAAGAUCAUUCGGGGUGGCGAGUGGGAAGACACUGGACUCCCUGAGUGCUUUGCGGCAUCUGAGGACCGGCUGAAGAAGCUAUCAAAAGGGGUACCUGCAUCUGUAUUCUAG